GAUGAAACACACGGCGAAGGAAACAGAACAUCAACAAAGGCCACAGCUUUUCUUCUUCUCCUUCAUUUUAUCUCUCUUCUUUUUUUUUAACGCGGAGAGAGAGAGGAGAGGAGAUCUUAUUCCAGCUUUACUUGUGUUUAUCCCUUCAAAUUGAAAACCCUAACCAAUCUCAUCUCUCUCUCUGUCGUUGAGAAGCCACCCCCCCCCCCCCCACCCCAUCUAACGAUUAGGGAAAACCCUAGUGAGAAGGAAGACGAUUUCUCGUAUGCCCUCCUCUCUUCUGUCUCCUCUCUGAUUUUCUAAAAGUUUCGUUCGAAACCUCUUCGGCGUGUGUCUAAUUGCUAAUCAUGGAGAGAUCCGAUUCCAGGGACUUGUACAACUUUGUUCGCUCUUCCUCAGAUUCAAAAAGUAAGCUCUUUGAUGCAUCUCAGUAUGAGUUUUUUGGUCAAAAUCUUGACGAAAUGUCACUGGGAGGUAUUGACGAUGAUGAAGUCGUCGCUCCUCCUGUUCUUGGACAUGCUGCUGAUGAUGAUGAGUAUCACUUGUUUGAUAAAGCUGAGGGUGCCGGUUUAGGUUCACUAUCUGACAUGGAUGAUCUUGCCACGACUUUUGCAAAGCUAAAUAGAAACGUUACGGGACCCAAACACCUUGGAGUUAUUGGUGACAGAGGAUCUGGUUCCUUUUCAAGAGAGAGUUCUUCUGCUACCGAUUGGACGCACGAUACAGAGCUCACAAGCUGGCUAGACGAGCAAGACCAAGAGGUUAACAGAUGGUCCUCGCAGCCACCAUCAUCAUCUUCUCAUUCACAAUCUUUGUACAGGACAUCCUCUUACCCUCAGCAGCCACCACCGCUCCAGCACUACAAUAGUGAACCUAUCAUCGUACCAGAAUCAUCUUUCACCUCUUUUCCCCCUCCAGGUAGCAGAUCUCAGCAGCAGACUUCACCCGGAAACCUCCACCGCGCUCCUUCUCUUCCCAGUGGUUCUCAGUCGAAUUUCGCCGCACCUUCCCUGCUGUCAAACUCUAGAUUUCAUCUCUCAGGUCCGUCACACGGGCCCCACUAUGGUGGUAAUUUGACUAGAUAUGCGUCGUGUGGUCCUACGCUUGGUAACGUGGUGCAACCUCACUGGCUCACUGAUCCUGGUCUUCUCCACGGAGAUCAUUCUGGUUUAUUACAUAGUCUGGUGCAACAACAACAGUUGCCUCCUCGAAAUGAUCUUAUGUCGCAACAUAUGAUGGCUCUCCAGCAGAGACAAUCGUAUGCUCAGCUCGCAGCGCUACAGUCUCAGCUGUACAGGUCAUACCCUUCACCAUCGCGUAAGGUCUCUUUUGGGAGCGGUGAAGUUAGGGAACAACACAAGAAUAAGUCUUCUCAUAGAAGUCGAAAGAACAAAGGCAUCUCUCAGCAGGCAUCAGACGCAGCUAGUCAGAAAAGCGAGAGUGGGUUGCAGUUUAGAUCAAAGUACAUGACUUCAGAAGAAAUAGAGAGUAUACUCAAGAUGCAGCACUCUAACUCACACAGCAAUGAUCCUUACGUCAAUGAUUAUUACCACCAAGCUCGGCUUGCCAAGAAGUCUUCCGGAUCUAGAGCAAUCACUCACUUCUACCCUUCUCAGUUAAAAGACCACCACCAACCUAAGUCUCGUAAUAAUAGCUCUGACCAGCAUCAACAACAAGUUCAUGUAGAUGCACUUGGAAAGAUCACGCUUCCUUAUAUUCGCAGGCCACGUGCCUUGCUUGAGGUUGACUCUUCUUCCCCUGGUGGAAGCGGGGAGCAUAAAGGCUCAGGAAAACAUUUGGAGCAGGAACCACUUGUGGCAGCUAGGGUUACAAUUGAAGAUGCUCUUGGAGUUCUUAUCGACAUAGUUGACAUUGACAGGACUCUCCAAUCCACAAGGCCACAGGACGGAGGUGCUCAGGUCAGGAGAAAGCGCCAGAUCCUCCUAGAAGGACUAGCGACAGCACUUCAGCUUGCUGAUCCGUUCAGCAAAACCGGUCAGAAGUCAGGGCUGACUGCUAAGGAUGAUGUUGUCUUUCUCCGUAUAGCAACUCUUCCAAAGGGUCGCAAAAUGCUUACAAAGUACAUACAGCUUCUAGUUCCAGGCACUGAGAUUGCUCGAGUUGUAUGUAUGGCUAUCUUCCGGCACUUGAGAUUUCUCUUCGGCGGCUUGCCUUCGGAUACUCUAGCAGCAGAGACGAUUGCUAAUCUCGCCAAGGCAGUCACGGUCUGUGUUCAAGCUAUGGACCUCCGAGCGCUGAGUGCUUGCCUUGCAGCUGUAGUUUGUUCUUCGGAGCAGCCACCUCUGCGUCCUGUUGGAAGCUCUUCAGGUGAUGGUGCUUCGGUUGUCUUGAUAUCUCUUCUCGAGAGAGCUGCUGAAGUAGUGGUGGCUCCUCGAGGCGUGCAUGGGAGCUCUAAUGAUGGUCUCUGGAGAGCCUCGUUUAAUGAGUUCUUCAACCUUCUUACAAAAUACUGCAGGAGCAAGUAUGAGACGAUCCGCAGCCAGAACCAAGGGAGUGCAGCGGAUGUAUUGGAGCUGGCGAUAAAGAGGGAAAUGCCGGCUGAGCUUUUACGUGCGAGCCUGCGUCACACUAGUGACGACCAGAGGAACUAUUUGUUGAACUUUGGUCGUAAACCGGCGGCUGUUAGUGAGUCAGCGUCGCAUGCAAGGGGUGGUCAGAUCAACUCUGAGUCUGUGAUGGGUUGAUCAAAAAGGAGAGAGAGAGAAGUGUGAAACAGUUAAGGGAUGUGUGUGGUGGAGUCAGGAGCCAAACUUGUAAGUAACUUGGUGGUGUAGGAAUCCUUUUCACAAGGGUUCCAGGUGGUGACAAGUGCUUUUAGAUUCUAAUCUCUUUUUUUUUCAGUUUGAACUCUUUUUUUUUAUUGUUAUAAUGGUGGACAAAUGCAAACUCUGCUUGGUUUGUGUAUUAAUGAUGAUGGGAAAGAAUGUGAAACAUGGGAGUAGGUUAUCGGA